AUGAACGGUGCCCCCAAACACGAACGCCGCUGGGCGUCCGACACGGUGCCGGAGAUAGCAUUCGUCAGCGGCGGGACAUCGCCGGGAACCGAGUCCUUCUCCGUCGCCGACGAGUACGUUGAGGUCACUCUCGACGUUCAAGACGAUCGCACCAUCGUUCUCCGGGGCGUUGAGCCGGUGACUGUCGUUAACGUCGACGACGGCGUUUCCGCAAGCGGAAACGACACUCCGGUGUCCGCAGCGUGGUCGCCGUCGAUCAGGAGGAGCUCUCCCCAUCGAUGGCGGCAGUUUUCACAGGAGCUUAAGGCCGAGGCGGUUGCGAAGGCGAGGCAGUUCUCGCAGGAGUUCAAGGCGGAGCUGCGGCGGUUCUCGUGGAGCCAGGGUGGAUCUGAAACUGCUUUGGUGGCACGAGAUCUUAGGAAGCAGCGUGCUCAGCUUGAACGCAACCGCUCCGGUACGAAGAAAGCACUCCGUGGACUGAAAUUCAUUAGCAGUAAAUCCAAUGGCGUUGAUGCCUGGAACGAGGUGCAAAGCAAUUUCGAUAGUCUUGCUAAGGACGGUUUUCUCUACCGCACCGAUUUUGCGCAAUGCAUAGGGAUGAAGGACUCUAAGGAGUUCGCUCUGGAACUAUUCGAUGCUCUGGGUCGUAGACGAAGACUCAGGGUUGAAAAGAUCAGCAGAGACGAGCUUAGCGAGUUCUGGUCGCAAAUUACCGAUCAAAGCUUUGAUUCGCGGCUCCAGAUCUUCUUUGAUAUGGUGGACAAGAACGAAGAUGGUAGAAUCACCGAAGAAGAAGUGAAAGAGGACGUUUCCUAUUAUUCCAAAUCAACAAAGGAUAUUGUUGGGUGGCAUGCGUUGAAAAUCAUUAUGCUAAGUGCUUCAGCAAAUAAGUUAUCCAGAUUGAAAGAGCAGGCGGAAGAAUACGCAGCUCUGAUCAUGGAAGAGUUAGACCCAGAAAGACUCGGCUACAUUGAGUUAUGGCAAUUGGAGACGCUUCUGUUACAAAAGGACACGUAUCUCAACUACAGCCAAGCACUAAGCUACACCAGUCAAGCUUUGAGCCAGAACCUACAAGGAAAAAGGGCAAGAAGCCCAAUACGUAGGAUGAGCCGCAGGAUGAUCUACUAUUUGCAGGAAAAUUGGAGGAGACUUUGGGUUUUAGCACUGUGGGUUUCCGCCAUGAUCGGGCUGUUUACGUGGAAGUUCAUCGAGUACAAGCGAAAAAAUGCUUAUCACGUCAUGGGUUACUGUCUCCUCGCGGCCAAAGGUGCCGCUGAGACUCUCAAGUUGAACAUGGCACUUAUACUAUUUCCGGUCUGCAGAAAUACCAUAACGUGGCUCAGGUCCACCAAGUUGGCUUAUGUUGCACCUUUCGAUGAUAACAUCAACUUUCAUAAGAUUCUAGGGAAGGAUGUAAUGUUAAGUUAUGGAUGUUUACAGACAAUUGCCGCAGCAGUAGUGAUUGGUGUUAUACUUCAUGCCGGGAAUCACCUUGCUUGUGAUUUUCCAAGACUUGUAAAUUCGUCCGAAAAAAAUUAUGCGACGUAUUUGGGUGGCGUAUUUGGUGAUCAUAAACCCAGUUACGGGGACCUCGUUAUCGGGGUUGAGGGCAUGACUGGAAUUCUGAUGGUGAUUUUGAUGGCAAUAGCAUUUACUCUUGCAACAAAAUGGUUCAGAAGAAAUCUUAUUAAGCUUCCUAAACCGUUUAAUAGGCUCACUGGUUUCAAUGCGUUCUGGUACUCACACCAUCUAUUUGUCAUUGUCUAUGUCCUGCUCAUCAUUCAUGGUGUAAAUCUUUACCUAGAGCGCAAAUGGCACCUUCAAACGACAUGGAUGUAUCUUGCAGUUCCAAUUUUACUUUAUGUGGGCGAAAGAACGCUAAGAUUCUUCCGUUCUGGUUUCUAUACAGUCCGUCUUAUGAAGGUUGCCAUUUAUCCUGGAAAUGUUCUGACAUUGCAAAUGUCGAAGCCCCCUCAAUUUCGUUACAAGAGUGGACAAUACAUGUUUGUGCAAUGUCCGGCUGUUUCUCCAUUUGAGUGGCAUCCGUUUUCUAUUACCUCUGCCCCUGGCGAUGAUUACCUAAGUGUUCACAUACGGCAACUGGGAGAUUGGACACAGGAGCUCAAAAGGGUAUUCUCUGCGGCCUGUGAGCCUCCCGUAGCUGGGAAGAGCGGCCUUCUCAGGGCCGAUGAAACCACCAAGAAAUGCUUACCAAAGCUAAGGAUAGAUGGACCUUACGGUGCGCCAGCACAAGACUACAGAAAUUAUGAUGUCCUACUACUUGUCGGUCUCGGAAUAGGAGCAACACCUUUUAUUAGCAUUCUAAAAGAUCUUCUCAACAACAUUGUUAAAAUGGAGGAGCUGGCGGAUUCAGUCUCUGAUUCAAGUAGAGGUUCAGACCUUAGCCCUGGGAGUGCAGAUUCACUGUCUUUUAAUAAGAUUUCUCCGAAAAGGAAGAAGACACUGAAGACUACCAACGCUUAUUUCUACUGGGUAACAAGAGAACAAGGUUCUUUCGACUGGUUUAAAGGGGUCAUGAAUGAAGUUGCCGAACUUGAUCAAAGGGGUGUUAUUGAGAUGCACAACUACUUAACCAGCGUAUACGAGGAAGGCGAUGCCAGAUCCGCCCUCAUUACAAUGGUGCAAGCCCUCAACCACGCAAAAAAUGGAGUUGAUAUUGUUUCUGGGACUAGGGUGAGAACUCAUUUUGCUAGGCCUAACUGGAAGAAGGUUUUCUCUAGAAUAUGUUCUAAGCACUGCAAUGGACGAAUAGGGGUGUUCUACUGUGGCGCACCGGUUUUGGCCAAAGAAUUAAGCAAGCUCUGCUUCGAGUUCAACGAAAAAGGUCAAACAAAAUUUGAGUUCCAUAAGGAACAUUUCUAA